AUGAAAAAUCUCUCACUAUUUCUAAUUGUUUUUGGCCUUUGCCUUAUUGGUAAGGUUUACAGCGAUCUUUCAAACCCGAUAAUCAUUAAGAACGAUCUCGAACGGAAACAUAAGUAUCUCCUCUUUGUGCAUUGUAAAUCCGGAAACAAAGAUCAAGGUCGGCAGUUUAUUACGGCCGGAAAAGAUUAUCGGUUUAACAUCAAAGAUAACUUUUGGGGGACGACGCUCUUCUGGUGUACCUUUGGCUACGGACCUCAGUGGAAGUACAUUAAAAAAUUUGAUAUUUACAAAUACGACUCUAAAGUGCCUCGUGGAGGCGUCUAUACCUGGAUUGCUAGAAAUGAUGGCAUUUACUUCCAGAAAAACCAGUUACCUGAGCGACUUGUGCAUACUUGGGAUCUCAAAAAACCUGGGGACUAG